GCCAUAGAUCAGACAGAAUGAAUCUACCACUUAAACGGAUGAGCCUCUGCUGCUGCCAAAGUUGUCGAAACAAGUCAUCACUCAACUACUUUAAAAGAUCUUGUAAACAUGUGCUAAUACAAAAUAAUGGAGUCCUUCAGAGCAACCUGUGAUGCCUUCUAGCAUCCAUGUUGUAUGUUUCACAUGUUUCCUUUUGGGCUUUCUGGCACGGACACCAAAGUGUCUGCAGUAUCAACAAUACACAAGUUAAUUCACGCCUUGGGCUGCACCAGGAGACAGUCUAAGAUCUUCCCUUGGAUUCGAGAUGAAUUAAUAAAGAACAAGCAUGCAACAUGACCCAACCUCCUGCCAACCACCCACUGGGAAGCAAAAAAAAAUAAAAUAAAUAGUGUCGCAAGCAGGAGUAGCACCAGUAUAAUCCUGCCGUGAAACAUUUUUAUCGCUUUAAAUGUGGCCGUUUAAACUCACCAUUGUCAAUGUAAACUAGUUUGACCAGAACACAUCACAAACACACAUCAUGCCGAAUGCCACAAGACACACCUCUUUGCGUGUUUACAGUCAAUAUGUUCUUUAUUUAGGCAAUCUAACAUUGUUGCGGCUUGAACAGAAUUGACAAGAGACUAAUUACAGAAUAAUGACAGAAUAAUUAUAAUGGAAUGACUGUCAGAUCAGUUUAAGCUAACAAUUUGUAUUAAUGGCUUUGACAGUGACAAAUAGAACAAACAAGAACAAAUAGAAAACAACAAACAAGAGUCGAGAACUGGCAGAGGAAACCACACAAGGGGAUAAAGAAAAAUAAACAGGGUCUCUGGUAAUGAGCCCUGAGAAACACCAGUGGUUAAAUAAAAUACAGCCUCUGGAAAAAAGACCAUUUUGAAGAGACUUCGCGAAGGCGGAAGUACAAGCCGAAACAUGUCAGGUGCACCGCUUCAAAUCAUCAUUGGACCUAAUGAAGACGAGCACUACAAAAAGUGCAUGAUCAAAUAUCCCAAACAUAUUUCAAAUUCUUCAAAAUAAUAUCUUUUUUGGACGAUAACGAUCAUCUGCAAUUGACAGAAUGAUUUCAUGUCGGGUCAUAAUUACCAAGACGAUGCUCAAAGUGGUGCUAGCGGUGCUGUUAACCGGCACCAUCACAUUGCUGUUUUUGAGCUAUUCGUCAGAGUACUUUUUGUACCAAAGUCUUCAAGAAGAGGAUGACGCCGAGUUCAUGCGACGCUUUGACGAAUCGGUCGAACCGUUUCUAAACGGGACAAACGAUCUUUCAUUGGAAGUUUUUGACUGGUGGAAGGCAUUGCAGCCGAUUGAAGAGCAGACCUUGGAUUCCUACCAGACAGUCGUGGAAAGCUUGUUGAAGACAUUUCCGACCAUCUCCAAGAGACCGGAGCGCUGGAGGAAGUGUGCAGUGGUGGGCAAUUCUCCAAAUUUGAAAGGCUCUCAUUAUGGACGACUGAUAGAUAGCCAUGAUAUGGUGAUGAGAAUGAACCAGGGUCAAAUCAAAUCCUAUGAAGAAGACGUGGGCACCAAAACGACUCAUCGUCUUAUGUAUCCAGAGAGUGCCCAAAACUUGGACGACAACACUCAUCUUGUGCUGACCCCUUACAAGAUCAUGGACCUGGUGUGGUUACAAAAAGCCUUUACGACAGGUUACGUCGGAACGAUACGUAACUUAGCUCCGUAUAAAAUUCAGGCCAACAAGAACCUAGUGAUGGUGAUCAAUCCAGGUUUCAUUGCAUAUGUUUAUCACACAUGGAUGGGGAAGAGAGAGCACAAAUAUCCUUCCACGGGCUUCUUGGCCGUCAUUCUUGCUCUACACACGUGUGAAGAGGUGAGUGUGUUUGGUUUCGGAGCAGACAGUGAUGGAAACUGGACUCACUACUGGGAGAAAAAGAAAUAUAAAAAUCUUGGAACUGGAUUGCACUAUGGGAAACUGGAGUAUUUCAUGAUCGAACAACUGGCUGCACGCGAAAAAAUCUAUUUCUUUAAAAAAUCUUCUCCAAUCACGAAAGAUUUGCCAAUGUGAAACACAGUGGAUAAUUUUUUUAUUUUUUUCAAAGCUAAAUGUAUGUUGCUGCUGUUCUUUUUUUUUUUAAGAUUGAAAUAUAAGGAAAUACAAUUAAUGUAAUUUCAUUCAGUUCUUGCUAAAAAAAAAAAGAUCCCGACAAAAUGUGAAUUUUUUUUUCAUUGAUUUUUUUUUAAAAUCAUUUGUACUCAGCAAAAGCUUCAAACAACAUCAUGAGAGCGCAAAACAUGUCUGUGCCUAAUAAAUUGUCCUUUGUUGCUCUUC